AUGCAGGUGCUGGUCCGUCGAGCGCUUCGGAGCGCUUCUAGCUCGCGAAGCGCCACCGUGACUGGAUCGCUUCUCAAGCACUUUCUGCAGGCGAGGCAUUCGUCUUCCAAACCCGCCGCGCAGGGCGCGAGUCAGGAUGCUUCGGGGAGCAGUACGACGGACCACCGGGCGAUCGGCAAGGCGCAGUCGCUCUUCCUCACGCACGACUCUUCGCCGGGGACGCCGUUCAUCCUUCCGCACGGCAUGCGGCUGGCACGCAAGGUAGAGCGCGUGGUGCGCGAUCUGUACGACGUGUACGGCUACGACGAGGUGCAGUCGCCGCAGCUGUACAAGACCUCGCUGUGGAAGCGCAGUGGACACUGGGACAACUAUCGCGACGACAUGUUUGCGGCCGAAGGCUACAAGGAGCGUCUUGCGCGCACGUCGGCUUCGACUAGCGUGGACGAUCGCACUGCCUGCUGCUCGAUCCAUGCCGAGGAGCGGGAGGUGGAGGACGAGACGUUUGGACUCAAGCCGAUGAACUGUCCGGGGCACUGUGUGAUCUUUGCGUCGCAGGAGAGGUCGUAUCGCGAUCUCCCCAUUCGAUACGCCGAGUUCUCGCCGCUGCAUCGCAACGAGGCGUCCGGGGCAUUGACGGGCUUGACGCGCGUGCGCCGAUUCCACCAAGACGAUGCGCACGUCUUUUGCACCCCCGACCAGGUCGAGGCAGAGAUCGACGCAAUGCUGCAGAUGCUCACCUCGGCAUACGAUACGUUUGGAUUCGCAGCGUUCGAGCUCGUGCUGUCUACGCGACCGGACGAUGCAUUCAUCGGGAGCGUGCAGGAGUGGGAUCGUGCCGAGGCGGGACUGCGCGAGGCGCUCGACAAGAGCGGCCGCAAGUGGGAGCUCAACGAGGGCGACGGAGCGUUCUACGGCCCCAAGAUCGAUAUCCGUCUGGUGGACGGGCAGGGACGCAGGCACCAGACGGCAACGAUUCAGUUGGAUUUCCAGCUGCCCCGACGGUUUGAACUGUCGUAUGCGGAUCCCAGUGCCACGCAAACGGGGGAGCGAAGCACGCCCGUCAUGAUCCACCGUGCCAUCCUUGGCAGCGUGGAGCGUUUCAUGGCGAUUCUCAUCGAGCAGACGGCGGGUUGGUGGCCGUUCUGGCUGUCUCCCAGGCAGGCGAUUGUGCUGCCGGCCAAAACAGGCUCGGCUGAACUCGACGCGUAUGCGGCCAGGAUCGCCAAGUACCUCUCGCUGGGCAUCCAUCCUGAUGCGGAAGCGUCGCAGUCGUCCGAACGACAUCUGCAGCGGUUCUAUGUGGAUGUGGAAGCAAAUCCGCAGGGCGAAAAGCUGGCCAAGCUCGUGAGAAAGGCACAGCUGGCAAGGUACAAUUACAUCCUCGUCGUGGGCGAGCGAGAGAUGCAGACGCAGUCAGUCACCGUGCGCAAGAGGGACGACUCGAACGCACCCAAAAACCUCACCGCGUCCACCACCGCAGCUGCUGGUGCGAUUGCGAACAAUGCACAGAUCCCCAUCACCGAACUGCGCCGAAUCUUUUGUCAACUCGAUUCGUCGCAUGCCUAA